CCGGACGUCCGGUUCCACUUCCACCAUUCCGCGCCACGUUGAACACUGUGCCCACGUGUUCCAUUCCGCUGCACCCGGUCGCGGAGCCGCCGCCCCCCUUCUCUCUUUCGCUGAAAGCAGAGUAGCAGACUAGUCUCGCCGCCGAGUGACCGCAACGAGCCCCGCACCGCACACGGCGACCGAGUGGGAAACCUCCCCCCGCCUAUAUCUAUCUAUCUACACAGCGCGGGCUGGGCUCUCGUGUUGUGUCUCGUCCCGGCAUCGGCGAGGACGGAGCACGAAGCACGGAGCUUCUACUUCCACAGCAUGGACCACGGCGGCAGGAGGAGGAGCGGCGCCGGCGCGGCGGGGGGCGGCCAGCCGCCGCCGCCGCCUCCCAAGGUGUACCGCGUGGAGCCCAGGGACUUCCGGGAGCUGGUGCAGAGGCUCACGGGCGCCGGCACGCCCGCCGCCGCCGCCGCCGCGACGGGGCCGGCGACCCUGGCCGCGCACCAGAGGGUGCCGGUGACGCCGGCCAUGGCCGCGGCGCCGCCCGCGCCCGGGACGGCAGAGCAGUUCGACUACGCGCCCUGGUUCUCCGCGCCGCUGCUCAGCCCGGCGUCGUACGGCGCGCCGGGCUUCGGCGCCGCCGCCGGCUACCCGCACCACGGGAGCGGUGGCCCUUUGCUCUAGGGCCGCCUAUGUAGAAAACAGAGCCCUCGUGUCGUGUAGAUCUCGUUUUUGCCUUGCGUUUCGAGCAUGAAUGAAUGACUACAACUACUAGUUCACUACACAACCACAACGCAGCCAGCCGCCUUCUUUACUAUACCGUGAAUGAAAUUCGACCAACAAACAGGCUACACGGUUAUUGUUUGCUUGCUUGCUUGCUUGCUUCUGGUAUUUUCUGAUAGAAAGGGGGGAAAAUAAACUUGCGUUUAUCCUAUUUGUUGAUUUUGUUGUGCAUCUACCAUUCUAAUGGUGACAAUAUACAUGGAGAAUUGGAGACCUCAUAUACAUGCUCGCCUUCAUGUUUCAAUA